AUGGCCCAAAGCCUGAAAGAGGCGUUCACCUGUUCGAUCUGCCAACAGUUCUUCUCAGAUCCCGUUCAGCUCCCAUGCUCCCACGUUUUCUGUCAGCAUUGCAUUCAGCCUUCUGAUUCGAUGAGAGAGGACUUCCUGAUAGAGUGCCCCUCGUGUAAGGCACAGCUCCGGGGUAAUCCAGUACGUGCUCUAGAGCUGUGUGAGCCGUGCAAUAGCUUGAAGCAGCACUGGGGUCUAUUAGAGAUGGAACUGUAUCUCACGGAUGAGGUGCGGAGCAUGCGGGAGGAUGUGCGCCUGGACCCAAGCACAGCCCACUCGCUGCUGCUGCUCUCCUGCGAUCUGAAGAGCGUGCAGUGUGGCACAAUCAGCCACAACACGGAGCCAGAUGCCAGCAGAGUCCCUCAGCUGGUCAGCGUGCUGGGCGGCCCCUCCUUCUCCAUGGGCUGCCAUUACUGGGAGGUGGAAGUAGAAGGCCACGAGUGGGCACUGGGGGUGUGCCAGGAAUCCGUGGACAGACAGUGCAAGGGUGAUGUGUCCUGCGAGCAAGGCUUCUGGAUCAUCAGCAAGCAGGCGGGAGAGAUCCAUGCCCACUCCCUCGAGCCACCUGAGCUGCGUGCCAUCCCUGACCUGCGCCGCGUGGGAAUCUUCGUGGAUGUGGAAUUCGAAGUGGUCAAGUUUUACAACGUUGACAACAAGUUUUGCGUCUACAUACACCAACCUGUACCCUCUUGUGAGCCUCUGCGUCCCUUCUUCUCUCUAGGGCUCCCCAGGGAAGGAGCCCCAGCUGCCUCUCUCAGCAUCUUGCAAUGA